AUGGCCGUUGAAGGGUCCCAGGCCCACUCAACUAUUUUUAGCCUCCUUUUUAACCCUUUGAGUUUUGACACUGAAGAGAUUGCAUGGUGGAGUUGUGCAUACGGUGGUCAUCCGUAUUUAUCGUUUAUUCUGGCGAUCCAUCAAUUAUACCUCACUUUAAUACACCCAAAAGAGAUGGCCCGUGAGAGUGACAAAAAUGUCAAAAUACUUACUGACAGACAAAUACGAAACCCUCUUGUCUGUACAACAGCGUGUGCAUCUAUGGUAUGUCAACUGAAAUCAUUCACGGUGAUGAUGGAUGAAGCCCACAAGUCUCCAUUUCUCUCUCAGCUGAAUGCUUGA